AUGGUAAUAAAUGCCAAUUUGGGUACGGAUUGUCUUUUGGUAUAUUCUUGUCUAUAUAGCUUCUUCUUUAAAUCACAUGGAGUGAAUUUGACAAAGACACACACAGAGUUACACCAGCCAUUCGCUUUCUUUCUUUCUUUCUUUCUUUCUUUCUUUCUUUCUUUCUUUCUUUCUCCCACUCUUUUUCUAUCUCUCUACAUGUCUGUCUGUCUGUCUCUCUCUCUCUCUCACACGUACACACACAGACACUUUUUUUCUAAUUCACACGACCUUUUUUUUUUUUCCUUUUUGGACACUCUCUCCACUCUGGCCUGCUAUCUCAACCUGUACAUAUCUAUCUAUCUAUCUAUCUAUCUAUCUAUCUAUCUAUCUAUCUAUCUAUCUAUACAUAUAGCUCCCUCUCUCUCUCUCUCUCUCUCUCUCUCUCUCAAUCUAUCUAUCUUGCUUGGCAUCUAUCUAUCUAUCUAUCUAUAUGCAUAUACCUCUCUCUCUCUCUCUCUCUCUCUCAAUCUAUCUAUCUUGCUUGGCAUCUAUCUAUCUAUCUAUAUGCAUAUACCUCUCUCUCUCUCUCUCAAUCUAUCUAUCUUGCUUGGCAUCUAUCUAUCUAUCUAUCUAUCUAUCUUACUAGGCAUCUAUCAAUCUAUUCAUCUAUCUUGUUCAUAUCUAUCUAUCUAUCUAUCUAUCUAUCUAUCUAUCUAUCUAUCUAUCUACAGUGAUUAUAUCGAUUUAUCAAUCUAUCUAUCGCAGUUCCUUUCUUAUAUAUAUAUAUAUAUAUAUAUAUAUAUAUAUAUAUAUAUAUGUCUAUCGAUAUAUCCAUCAAAUUCAAAUUUAUCUCAAUGUGUUCAUACUUAUCUUAUAUAUUUUCUUAAAUCUAUCUAUCUAUCUAUCUAUCUAUCUAUCUAUCUAUCUAUCUAUCUAUCUAUCUAUCUAUCUAUCUAUCAGUGA